UCCUGAACUGUAGUUUGUUGAACAAUMUUAACAAAAAAAGAAAUAAUAUCUUAAKUGUGGAAAAUAUUAAUGUCCUUUCUAAAGAAUAUAACAUAAAAUUUUUCAGYGCUUACAACGAAAAACAUCGAAAUGUUGUUGGGUACACGCUAAACAGUAUCAGUUUGUUUGAUGACUCUCCACACAUUGCAAUAUCAGUUUAUCCCACGGGAAUUACUAAACCACACUAGCCGCAAACGGACACCCAAUGUCGCAAGAAUUCGGCGGCGUGCCAAUUGCCUUGCCCAAGUCUCGCAGCAUAUAUGCCGUAUCUCUAGCUGUACUCUUGGCCUUCCUAUUAUUUUAUUACUACUAUGGAAGUCUUUUAACCAUCCUUUUACUUUUCUGUAUUACAUCUUUUGGCUUUUAUUAUUUGCAAGAUAUGCUCUUAUAUCAUCCUGAUCUGCCGGCAAACUCUCGCAUUUAUGUGCCUAUCCCAAAAAUGCAUAACCUGCCACAUGAAUCAGUCAGUAUUCACACACCAGAUAAAGUAACAUUGCACGCAUUUUGGGUGUCGCAGCCGAAGGAGCGUUCAAAGGUGGUGCCAACUUUUGUUUAUUUUCACGGAAAUGCUGGCAAUAUGGGUCAUCGUAUGCAAAAUAUUUGGGGAAUAUUUAAUCAUCUUCACUGUAAUAUAUUAAUGAUAGAUUACCGUGGUUACGGCUUUUCAACUGGUGUACCCUCGGAAAAGGGGUUAUCAUUAGAUGCUCGCGCUGUAAUAGAUUACUUGUAUACACGCAACGAUUUAGAUCACACAAAGAUAGUAUUAUUUGGUCGUUCAUUAGGCGGUGCUGUGGUAAUUGAUGUAGCCGCAGAUACAGUGUAUAGUCAAAAAAUUAUGUGUGCAAUUGUAGAAAACACAUUUACCAGCAUACCAGAAAUGGCCGUUGAAUUAGUUCAUCCAUCCGCCAAUCUAAUACCAAAAUGUUGCUUUAAAAAUAAAUAUUUAUCUUCAUGGAAAAUUGGUAAAUGUUCAGUACCAUUUUUAUUUAUAUCAGGUUUGGCAGAUAACCUUGUACCUCCUCGUAUGAUGCGUACUUUAUAUAUGAAGUGUGGAAGUGAACAAAAGCGCAUACUCGAAUUUAUAGGAGGUGCUCACAAUGAUACCUGGAUAAUGGACGGGUACUAUCAGGGUAUUCAUCAAUUUCUAGUCGAAUGUCGAAGUAUUUCAACAGCGCCAUUAGAGAAACCACCUGAAAAAAGCAAUGUGUGGCAUGAAAUACAGGAUGUUUAGCUCGUCGAUAUCUAAUGCGAUUCAGGGUUUUGGGUCUUUAUAUCCCGAGUAUUAGAAAUGACACAUAUUAAUACACUAUAACUUACUAUAUACAUAUGUACUAUAAUUCCAUGUCUUUAACGUGAGUGAUUUACCAUACUUUUGAUAUACUUAAAAAAAUGUGUGGAAUAACGCUUAGGUGUUUCACUCUUUAUGACGCAUAGCUUUAAAAGUUAACUAAAUAUGGUAUUGAAUUAGAGCAACUCGUUCAAUUAUAAAACAUAAAUAUUUUUGCAUAUAAUUUUAUUAAAAUAUGCGUAUUUUCAGUAAAUUU